CUAAGAACAAGUCAUCAUACAGCUAAGAACAAGCCAUCACACAGCCAAGAACAAGCCAUCACACAGCCAAGAACAAGUCAUCACACAACCAAAAACAAGCCAUCACACAGAAAAGAACAACUCAUCACACAGCCAAGAACAAGCCAUCACACAGCCAAGAACAAGCCAUCACACAGCCAAGAACAAGCCAUCACACAGCCAAGAACAAGCCAUCACACAGCCAAGAACAAGUCAUCACACAGCCAAGAACAAGCCAUCACACAGCCAAGAACAAGCCAUCACACAGCCAAGAGCACGUCAUCACUCAGCCAAGAACCAGUCAUCACACAGCCAAGAACACACGUCAUCACUCAGCCAAGAACCAGUCAUCACACAGCCAAGAACGAACCAUCACACAGCCAAGAACAAGUCAUCAUACAGCUAAGAACAAGCCAUCACACAGCCAAGAACAAGUCAUCACACAGCCAAGAACAAGCCAUCACACAGCCAAGAACAAGCCAUCACACAGCCAAGAACAAGCCAUCACACAGCCAAGAACAAGUCAUCACUCAGCCAAGAACAAGCCAUCACACAGCCAAGAACAAGCCAUCACACUGCCAAGAACAAGCCAUCACACAGCCAAGAACGAACCAACACACAGUCAAGAACAAGCCAUCACACAGCCAAGAACAAGUCAUCACACAGCCAAGAACAAGCCAUCACACUGCCAAGAACAAGCCAUCACACAGCCAAGAACGAACCAUCACACAGUCAAGAACAAGUCAUCACACAGCCAAGAACAAGUCAUCACACAGCCAAGAACAAGCCAUCACACAGCCAAGAACACGUCAUCACUCAGCCAAGAACCAGUCAUCACACAGCCAAGAACAAGCCAUCACACAGCCAAGAACACGUCAUCACUCAGCCAAGAACCAGUCAUCACACAGCCAAGAACAAGCCAUCACACAGCCAAGAACACGUCAUCACUCAGCCAAGAACCAGUCAUCACACAGCCAAGAACACGUCAUCACUCAGCCAAGAACCAGUCAUCACACAGCCAAGAACAAGCCAUCACACAGCCAAGAACACGUCAUCACUCAGCCAAGAACCAGUCAUCACACAGCCAAGAACAAGCCAUCACACAGCCAAGAACACGUCAUCACUCAGCCAAGAACCAGUCAUCACACAGCCAAGAACACGUCAUCACUCAGCCAAGAACCAGUCAUCACACAGCCAAGAACGAACCAUCACACAGCCAAGAAACAAGCCAUCACACAGCCAAGAACAAGCCAUCACACAGCCAAGAACACGUCAUCACUCAGCCAAGAACCAGUCAUCACACAGCCAAGAACACGUCAUCACUCAGCCAAGAACCAGUCAUCACACAGCCAAGAACGAACCAUCACACAGCCAAGAACAAGCCAUCACACAGCCAAGAACAAGCCAUCACACAGCCAAGAACAAGCCAUCACACAGCCAAGAACAAGCCAUCACACAGCCAAGAACAAGUCAUCACACAGCCAAGAACAAGUCAUCACUCAGCCAAGAACCAGUCAUCACACAGCCAAGAAUCAUACCGGUACUUCACCAAGAUAUCAAACAAAGAAUAGGGAUGGGUGCCUUCGCGGUCUGAGACGGUCAUCGUGA